UCAUUGUCAGCUAAACCCUAAACUCCAUUCAUUUUCAUCAUCGAAAAUCUCUGAUUUUCUGAAGUGCGUCGGAGUCCUUCGCUUUCCGGCGAGAAGGUUUUGGUUCCGAGGAAUAAAAGAAGAAAAUGUUUUACUCGCACACGCUGUUGGCUCGAAAGACGCCAUUGGGGACUGUGUGGUGUGCUGCUCAUUUGCAGCACCGUCUCAACAAGAAAGACUACGAGAAGACUAAAAUUCCUGUCGUCGUCGAUGCCAUUAUGUUUGGUGAAGUACCGCUUGCCCUGCGGACGUCGAGCUACCUUCUGUUAGGUGUCGUGCGGAUUUAUUCAAAGCAAAUCGACUAUUUAAAACAUGAUGUUGAUGUUUUAGUGAUGGAGUUACGAAAAAUGCAUACGCAAGCUUCGGCGAAACUCACUUUGCCUGAGAAUGCUUAUCAGGCACCGUUUCAUUCUAUCACUUUUCCUGAGACUUUUGAUCUUGAUGCUCUGGAAUUGGACACUGAUAUUUAUUACGAUGGGAUUCCAGAUACUCAUCUCAGGAGCGAGGAAGAGAUCACUCUAGCAGAUCAAAUUUCUAUUGGAAGAGAUGCUUAUGUUGCUAUAACUUUCGACGAGGACGUUAUGCUGGAUUUAUCACAUCUUGGAGAGGAUCCUGAUUUGGGCUUCAGGCCAAUGGAAGAGGACGUGAUCUCUCCUCCUGUGGAUACUACUAUGAACGUUGAAGGCACAGUCGGUAAUGAAGAUAUACUUAACAUGAGACUUGAUGAGGACAAUGUGCCACAAAGUUUUCCAAGAGUAGAAGUUUCGGAUCCUAUGGAUGUUCAAGAUUUUGGUCCAAAUAAUCAGAGAAUGCGUGAAGAUGAUAACUUGUCACCAAAUGUUCCAGAAAUUGAAGUUCUACGAGAGGCAGUCCCUGAUUUAAGUCCAAGAGAUGUUCCUAUGGAGCCUUCACUUGGUGGUGAUCACAUGUCUGAAUCACACUGUAUUGUAGAUGAGAAUAUAAGUCAGGGAAAUCUCUUACCAAUCAUGGAAGAUAAUAUGACUCUUCCAAAAACAUCAUUACAAUUUGAGCAAAGUGCAGGACUUCCAACUUCUGCUACUUCGCAAGAGGCACUUAAUAUGAUCGAUACGCAUAUUUCAUUUAGACAAUCUCCUGAGGAACUUGUUCUUCAACCCACUCCUCCACAACCGCCAAGGCCAAGAUCAAGAAAGAGAAAACAGUUCUUUGACAAGUCUACUGUAUUGACUAACAAGUCUAUGAAAAAGGCUCUCGAAGAUACUAGUGAUUUGUUGCGUGAGAGGAGGAACACUCCAAGCUCUUCUUUGGAGGUAUGGAAGUUCAACAACAGGUUGAGAAAAGAAGACGUUUUCUAUCAUCCUCACGUCACUGGUCUUUGUCAUGAUCUAUGUGAUAUUUUUCAUGUGAACUACAUUGCUAAGAAAUGUCGUGCAACAUCCUUGGAGGAAGCUUCCGGGGAUCUUGGGGAUGCGAGAAACAUUGCUUCGACGAGUGAAACUUUCUUAGGCCAAGCAGAUGCUCCAUCUCCAGCUCUAGAAGCUGCUUCUCCUCCACAUUCCGGAAUUCCACCCUCUGUUGAUCCUGCUAGAAACAUUGCUUCAGCAGGUGAAAUUUUUUCGCCCCUUGUACCAUCUGCCCCAUCUCCAGCUCAAGAAGCUGCUCCCUCACCACAUUCUAGAAUUCCAUCCACUGUCGAUCCUGCUUCUGCUUCCUCUCCUGGAGUGGAGAUUGAACAUCUCCGUGAUGUUGAGGGCAAUCGGGGGGACGAUACCUUGGCAGAUUUAAUUGCUUCUCCAACAAGGUUCAUGCCUUCUCCUAGGCCUUCUGAAGGCUUAGGUUCACCAUCAGUAAUGAUUGGAUCUACUGGAAUGCUGUCAACACCUGGACAAGCAUCAACUGAACCUUCAAGAUCCAUGUUUGAAACUCCCGGAACAAUGGACGAGGGACUGGGUGCAGAAGAUAUUACACUCUCGGAUAUUCCGGAACAGAGAAGUCCUGCAGACGAGGAUCUUUAUUUCCUGGAAGCAGAUAGCUCACCAGCUGGUAGAUCAAGGUCUCAGGGAACUCAAGGUGUCGACUCAUUGUCCGUGAGAACGAGGGCUGUAGGUCGGUAUCUAAGGAGUCUUUCUCCUAUAAAAUCAAUCUCAGACGACUCAACCCAAGAACUCUCUUUGAAUGACAUUCUAGAAGGAAAAAGAAGAAAGCUAAGCGCACGGAUGUUAUACGAGACUUUGGUUUUGAAGAGCUAUGGACUUAUUGAUGUACAACAAGAUGAACCUUAUGGGGACAUCCGUUUGAAAUUGACUCUAAAGCUUUCUAUGGCUCAAAUAUAGCACACAUUAUAUAUUUGGGUAAGGUGUGCAUUGUAUUUACUGGUUAGGUUGCAGAAGAUGUCCGACCUCGAGGUAGUUCUUUAUGUACAUUUUCUGGGUUGCAAGAGGAGUCGGAAAGUGCAUUUUGUUCAUCAGUGUAACAACCAAAUUUUUGAACCCUGUAUAGAUAUAUGCAUGGUUUAGUUGCGAGAUGUGUAGUGAAAUUAUCUUAUGGCUAAUUAUCUCUAUUUUGUAAAUUAUAUCAGAAUUAGUACAUUUGCCACAUGUAGAAUAAGUCUCUUGUUU